AUGGAGUCAAGACAGCAAGUUACCCCGGAAUGUGAGAUACAAAAGAUGAAUGCAAUUGCAAUUUGCUUCAUUUUUACAUUUAAAGACUUGUACCUUACUUUUCGGGGCUUAUUCCGAACCAUUUCUCGUCUCUUAUUUAGUAUUCGAACUCAAGUAGACACUGUUUAUGACAAAGUUUCGAUUGUACAAAGUUGUAGUACGAGCAACGAGACUUUGAUUAGCACGAGAGAUGUUGAAAUAGUAAUUCAUAAUUUGGGACUAGUUUUUGACCCGAAAGAGGCAUUAGGAGACCAGGACAUUUUAGGUGCUUUCGAGGAAAAUGAGACUCGCUUGGAGUUAUUGAAAGAGGCAUUUAAUGUUUUUGAUGAAAAUAAUGAUGGCUAUAUUGCUGCGAGUGAGUUGAACAAAGUACUCAGUUCACUAGGUUUAACACAAUUCUCCGACCAAGAAUGUCGGAAAAUGAUUGUUGCGAUGGACUCUAAUGGAGAUGAACGGAUUGAUUUUGAUGAAUUUGUAAAGCUCAUGGGCGUUCAUGUGUAA